AUGGAGUCUCACUUCGUCGUCGACAGUUCUGGGCAAGAUCAGCUUCUUGUGAAGGAGCUUGACUACGACGUCAUAGUCCGCCAUGAUCAGCAACGACCAACCCGAAGAACCGCAGCGAUGCAAAUCUCUCUCGAGAAGGUGAAACAGUUCAUCGACAAAGACCCCUCGGACACGAAGACGGAAGCGCAUGCUCUUGUCAUCAGGGACGAGUCCAUCGCCGCUGUGAAGCUUUGGAUGGAUGUUUUUCAUCACGGCACGCCCGAUGCCGAUUCCAAGCUGGAUAUCCGAGAUGUGUGGAGAGUCAUUCAUUUUGGCCAGAGAUACCUGAAGGCUAGAAAGACCGGUCUCGAACUGGACCGAGAGAGCCGCGAGUAUAAGAUCCAACCUCCGAAAGAUAUGUCCAUUCUACGAAGUUGGUUCGAGAAAUGGGUCCAGGACUGGUUUCUACACAACAAGUCAUCUGCCGAUGAUAUGACCAACGAGGAAAUGCUACAGAUGUUGACCCCUGCCUAUUGGUUUGACUGCCCCGAAAUCAUCCACGCAAUCACGAGAAUGUUGGCAUACAAGACCGUGUUUAAUCUCGAGAACAAGAAUCCGACCAAAGUUCGCGAUGCUUACAUGAAGGGAGUUCCGUAUCCAAUCCUGAGCCAGAUCCAAGCCGCGCAGAGUAGCCUGCGGAAGCGAAUACAGGAAAACCUGACAUGCAUCCCAAAGCAGAACGUCACAUGCGACGAAGAAGAAUGCAUGAAGGUGUUUCAAUUCUCGUUCAUCAAAGCUCUGGUCAAGAAGUUUCACCUUGUCGUCGUUGAGAUCGGCACGACCGCAAACAGCACGACCCCCAACGGCACGGCCACGAACGGCACGACUCCCAACGGCACGACUCCCAACGGCACGACUCCCAACGGCACGACUCCCAACGGCACGACUCCCAACAUCAGGACUCCCAACGGUGCGGCCAUGAUUGGUGCGACCACCGCGAACGAUACGACCAGCCUAGAUGGUACGGUCACCGACGGUACCACGAUGUAUGACACGACCAGCAUUCACAGUAGCGCGAAUGGUACAGCUGCGCAUGGUGGUGGCCGGGACUCGCAUGAGGCUGAUGACCAAAGAGAAGGUGGUACCGAGCACGUCGUAGCCAGACCCACGGCAUCAAACGACCCAACCCCUAAUGCACCACAGGAGAGACCCAGAUACGCCAGUCACAUCUGCAGCGAUUGCAAGGGUAAAGAAACCGGAGAACAGGACAGUACAUCAUACAAUCUCGCUUUGGUGGUCAGCCGAACCGUGGCCGACAUACACAGCCGAUUUCAAGGGCUAUGCUUGGACUGUAUGCACAAGUUCAAGGAGGGUGGUGGAGACUGGGACUAUUGGCGCCAUAACAAGAUCCAGCAAUGGGACAAGGGCUGUCGAAUUCGGCACGGACAGCCCUCCUGGUACUUCUCCUUUAUGGGUCGAGUCGACGAGACUCGGUCGGAAGACACUCCGUCGGAGAUGAUGGAAAAGCUCAGAUUGAACGGAGCCAGCAAUGGGUCUUGGUCUGCUCUUGUUUACCAAGACAAGAUGCUGCCUCGAGUGUCCAAGUACGCCAUUUACCGCCUCGUACGAACGCCACGCCGUGUACGGCCAUCUCAGGCAGACUCAGCUCAAGUCCUCGGCAUUGCCGUGAGUAUCGCUGUGGACCUCGCCAUCGCCAAAGCGAGCGCAAAUAGCCCAAGUCCCUCGCGGUGGUUGGAGUGGAGGGCGUUGAGCAUGAGCACACUUGAGCUGCUGGCCUGCGAGGAAGGAGGACCGAUGGCUGGGGUCCGGGGAGACCUUGUGUUGCAGCCCACGGGCUCCGGGGCCCUUACAACGGGGUCCACACUCCGGGGUCCUUAUUCCGAGGUCUUGGUAUGCAGCUGGAAAGGACCGGAUGCGCGUCUGUUCUUGGAUGAGGGCGUGGUGGCAGGGUUCGAGCUCCCUCGAAUGGAUAUGGACGAAUCAAUUGCGCUGGAGCUCAGGGGUUGGGCUGGGCCGCUGGAGUCGCUCUUGCUGACCGCGAUGUUGUGCAUCGGUGAGACAGACGAUUGA